GUAAUUCCUUCCCGUAGCCGCGGUCUUCGUUGUUGUUGCUGCCGCCCCCUUCCUCCCCCACUUUAUUUUUAUUUACAAGGGCUCGGCGUGCCUCUCCCCGCUUUGGUGCUCUCCGGCCUGGGAUCCAAAGGAGAGCAGCAGCAGCAGCCAGAGAAGCCCACGGGACUGCACGUGUAAGAUUGCAAGGGGAGGCGAAGCACGGCGGUAAGGCUGAUUGCAAGAGGAGCGGUGGCGGGAAAGGGAGACCCGCUGCGCAGAGGGCAGGAGAGGAGGCGCGCCGCUAUGUCGGGCCAAGCGGAGCCGUGCUCCGGCUUCCACGAGACCCCUGCCCGGGAAGCCCUGCCUGCCUGAGGGAAGCCGGGAGCCCGGAGGCGCCCACUUUGCCCGCUUGCGAGGCUGCUCCCGCUGCCUCCUUACUCUUCCCCACCCCACCCUUUUCCUUCCUCCGAAGGAGACUCUUGAGGGGACGGAGCCCUUUUCCUGCUUCCCGCUUUGUUAUUUGCUUCGUGAAGUCAAAAGGGCGCCAAAUGACCUAAGCGGCUCCGGUCCGCCAUGCGCCCCGACGACAUCAAUCCUCGGACUGGACUGGUGGUGGCUUUGGUCAGCGUGUUCCUGGUCUUCGGCUUUAUGUUCACGGUGUCGGGGAUCAAAGGGGAGACUCUGGGGGACAUCCCUCUCCUGGCCAUCGGGCCGGCCAUCUGCUUGCCCGGCAUCGCCGCCAUCGCCUUGACGAGGAAAACCGACGGCUGCACCAAGUGGCCCGACCACCGCUGCUGCCCGCCUUGCGCCUGCUGCUGCCGGAAGAAGCCCAAGGACAAAGAUGUCCUGGAGCUGCUGAGGACGCCGUCGGACCUGGAGUCCGGCCGGGGCAGCUGCGACGAGCUGGCCCAGAAAGCCUUCGGGGCCCCCAAGGCGCCGAAGGGCAGCGGCGCCCGAGGUGGCGGCGGCGGCGGGGACGACUCGCUCUCGACUUGCACCACCGUCACCACCUCCGCCACCGGGGAGUUCAAGAGCUUGGCGCCCAAAGUGGACCAGGAGGAGAUGCUGAGGUACUUGGAGAACUGCUACCCGGAGAUGCCUGGGAAUGUAUUUGUGGCCGAGGCCACCCCAUACGACAACAGUGCCUUAGAGAAAGGGCGGGAAUCGCCCUGCUUGGAAGGGGUGGUGGCCGCCACAUGCCCGCCGGAGGCAGAGGCGGCCGCGCAAGAGGACACGGAGGACAACGUGUUCGUCGCCCCUAGCGACAGCAUCAUCGUCUGCUCCUACCGGGAGAACAGCCCUUACGACAGGUACUGUUGUUAUAUAAACCCCAGCGAAGAAAUCUGCUCGGAUCACGAGGCGAUCGUUUGAACUGACCCUCGGAUGGGAGUCAGGAUGGAAGCACCACUUUCUUUAUUCCAGUUGGGUCGGUUCCUCCAGAUCCCUUUCUUUAAAAAACAAAAACAAACCACGCCAAGAACAACACAAAAUUGACUAUGUAUUUCGAGCAAUCCUCGUAAUAAACACUUCUGGCUCUUUUUAAGUAAUAAUAAUAAUAAUAAUAACUGGCUGAUCAUGCACUGCAUGGGACAAUAUUCUUAGCUGUUAACUUUAAGAACAUGGUAUGUGACUGAUAACUUAAACCUUCCGUGCCUGAAAUACUUGAUUUUACUUUGACUUUUUGGGGGUUCCUGUUAAAAGGUAAAUAAUCAGCAUGCCUUUUUUUAAAAAAAUGAGGAUUUGUAUUGUAAGGAGGGAAUGUAUCCUUAUUUGUUUUGUUAUAGUACAGGUUUUGUUUGAAGGGUAAAAAUUCCAGCCCACUGCUAAAGGUGGGGCAGGAAUUGAAUGUGUGAAGUUUUGGAAACAAAGGCUCUUCCCCUCUCUGAACUUACCCAAGCUCUGAGAGGAGCUGAGAGGCAGUUCUCUUUUAAGAUUCUUAAG